AUGCCGCUCUGCUGCGCCGCCGAUAGCCCCUCUUCCGAGCCGGCGCGUGGCGGCGAGCCGCGGCCAGUAUCGCUGGUGCUACGCGCGGUGCAUCUGCCGAUCACGGUCGUGAUGAUCCAGAUGGCCUUCACCGCCGGCAUUCUCUGCGUCGCGCCAUGCGGGUUGCACUUUGGCUCGCUCCAGCACGUGAUUCGGUGGAGCGUGACGGUGCCGUGGCUCUUCACCGCCAUGCUCACGUCCAGCAUGCUCGCGCUGCGCCACUCGUCGAUGGGCGCUAUUGUCGUGCUCCGCAACGUGGCGCCGCUCGUCUCGAUGGCCAUCGAGGGGGUCAUCACGGGCGAGCGGAUAGAGGUGGACGGCGCGACCAUCCUCUCGCUGCUGCUCAUCCUCGGCGGCGUCGGGCUCUACGUCUCCAACGACGUCGCCUUCUCGCCCACCGGCGUGGCGUGGAUGGCGUUCAACAUGACGGCGGGCGUGCUCGAGAGGCUGCUCCAGCGGAGGAUGAUUGCGGUGGAGCCGGUGGACAUCAACAAGACGGGGCUGAUGCUGCUCAACAACGUCGUCUCCCUCCUCCCCAUGUCGGUGCUCGUCUAUUGCACCGGCGAGGUGCCGCAGUGGCGGCUCCUCGCCCGCCUGUCCACUGCGGACGGGAUGCUGCUGCUCGCCUCGUGCGUCAACGCCGUCGCAAUCUCGUGGGCGGGCAUCAACGCGCAGGCGUACGUGACCGCGACCACCUUCAUGGUCCUCGCCAACCUCAACAAGUUCGUCGUCGUCGCCUUUGGCAUCGCCGUGCUGCACGAGGCAUCCUCGUGGCAGGCGGUCGUCGGCUGCGGCACGUCGCUGCUCGGAGGGGCGGCGUACGCACGCGCGCGCUCCAACCUGGCGAGCAGGCCCACGCCGGUGAAGUGCAGCGAGGCGGAGGCGGACGACGAGGACGACGAGAAGGCCUCGCUACAACCCGCCUGA